AUGAAUGCUGAAAAGCAAGGAUAUUUUACGGAGGAUGAGUGGCGUAGAGGCUUGAAAGCUCUUCGGGCUGACACUAUAAAUAAACUGAAGAAAGCACUAUCAGAGUUGGAGAAAGAGGUCAGGAAGCCACAAAAUUUUGAGAAUUUCUAUUCUUAUGCAUUUCGAUACUGCCUAACAGAGGAUAAGCAGAAGUGUUUAGACAUCGAGAGUGUUUGUAUAUUGCUGGAUCUUGUUCUAGGGUCCAAAUUCCGACCCCAAAUUGAUUCAUUGACCAAGUAUCUUAAGACCCAGAGUGAUUAUAAGGUGAUAAACAUGGAUCAGUGGACGAACUUUUUCCGGUUUUGCGACGAGAUAAGCUUUCCUGACCUUCAGAAUUAUGAUACAACCCAAGCUUGGCCCUUAAUUCUGGACAAUUUUGUCGAAUGGAUGAGAAGGACACAAAGCUGA